AUGAAAAAUAAAAAGAAUCCGGUAAUCAAAGUACAAAGUUCUGAUUGCAGCAUGGUGACAAUUAAUGUACCUCCUGAAUUACGAAAAAUUGAACAAAUUUUAUUCGCUUCAGUAAAACAAAAUCGUUUUGAUUUAGUUAGUCGAAUUAUAGAAGGGCAUAAAUGUGAUAUUAAUGUAAGAGAUAGUUUUGAUCGAGCCCCAUUACAUUUGGCUGCAUCAUCUGGAAAUUUAUCAAUGGUGAAAUUAUUAGUUGAAGGUAGAGCAUUAGUUGAUCCAGUGGAUAAAUUUGGUAUUACGCCAUUAUUUUGGGCUGUAUAUAAUAAUUAUAAAAAUGUAGCUCUUUAUCUACUCAAUAUGGGUGCUAAACAUAAUCGAGUUACUAAGCAAGGUUUUACAAUUCUUCAUUUCAUUUGUGAAUCGAAUGCUUUAUCAAUAUUAAAAUAUUUACAUCGUAAAUCACAAGCAUUAGAAUAUGAUACAUCAGAUAAUAAUGGAAUGACCCCAUUUUUAAUAGCUGCUUCUAAAGGAAAUGAAUUAUUAAUGGAGAUUUUGGUUAGACGAAACUGUAAUAUCAAUGCAACAGAUACGUAUGGUAGAAAUGCAUUACAUUUUGUCUCCAAGAAUGGUCAUAUUGAUGCAUUAUAUUGUUUAUUAUCAGUGGAAUUACUCAAAUCAAAAAUUAAUGAAUUAGAUAACUCAGGAUGUAGUCCAUUACAUUUGGCUUGUGAAAACAAUCAACAACAUUGUGUUCGACUACUUUUAGAAGCUGGUGCAAAUCCAGACAUUGAAACAAAGACUCGUGAUUGUCCUUUGAUUGAAUGUUCUCGAAGAGGAUUUCACAAGUGUAUUGAUCUGCUUAUUGAAAAUAAAGCAAGUCGUGAGAAAACAAGUAAAGUAGGCGAUACAGCCUUGCAUGUUGCAGCAUUAUGUGAUCUUUCAGAUACCAUCUAUUUUUUGUUCUCAAGAAAAUUUGAUCUUUGUGCUGUCAAUGAGGAUAAACAAACUCCAUUGCAUCUUGCAGUUUCACAAAAUAGAUUAGAAGCAGUUGAAGCUUUAUUAUUUUGUGGUGCUUCAUUAGAUCUGAAGGAUAAAGAUAGCCAAACUCCUUUGAUGAUUGCUGCCAAAGCAAAUUAUACUGCAUUAGUUGAUAUGAUUAUACGUGCUGAUCGAUGGAAUAAAACUUAUCCAGUGAAUGCUCAAAAAUUAAUUGAUGAAAUUUUACAAACUCAACAGACUAAAUAUGUAACAACAAGAAUAUUAGACAAAAAACAAAAUAACCCCCAGUUUUAUAGAACACGAGAAAUAUUAUCGAAUGAUCGAAAACACCUAUUAAAUGAUAAUACUGAUAAUCAAAGUAACAAUGAAAAUAAUGAUACUACUGAAGAUUCAGAAAGUAGUCAUACAUAUGUUGCACAACAUCACGAAUAUCAUCAUCAUCGUCGUCGUCAUAAUACUGAUAAUGAUGAGAAUAAUAAUGAUGAUCAAAUCAAAUUAUAUGAUCCUUACAUAACUAAUCCAUAUUCUUAUCCAUUGAUUUCAUCAAACCAUUCAAUCAUUCCAAAUGAUCAUGAUCAUGAUGAUGUGAUCAUGACAGAAUUUAUUGAUCCAUUCAAACAAUUACAAUUAGAAGAAAACAAUGAACAGAAUAGUGAAGUACAAUCAAUAAUUGAUCAUCGUUCAAGAACUACAGCAAGUUCUGAAUCAGGUAGUGAAUUAUCAUUAGGUUAUGAAGCAAGUCGUGCAUGGACUAGACAAAGACAACAUCAACAUAGUCAUGAUCGAUUGCCUAAUUCAUUAAGACUAUCACAAAUCAGUAUUAGUCGUGAUUUGUCAGAACCAAAUAAUCAUCGAGAACGUUAUGAUAGAAAUGAUGAUGAUUAUCAUCAAAAACAUCGAAGUCUUAGUAAUUUAUCAAGUCAUAUUCAAGGGGAUGAGAUAUAUUUACCAAAUGGUGAGACAAUCUUUCGUAUUACUGAUACAUUACUAGCACAAUCAAGUAAAAAUAUGCGUUUAUCGAAUGGUUACGGUUUGAAUUUAACACAUCCAUUCACAUUUCGGGCACCAUGCCAAAAUUAUGCUGAUGAUAUGAAUGUUCUAUUCUUUGAAUAUUCUCAUCGAUAUGCGAAACCAUCAGAUUGGAAAAGUUUAGCAAAAUUUUGGGGAUUCACAUUAAAUGAUAUUGCUGCAAUUGAAUAUCAAGAUAUUGGCAAAAAUUCUUAUAAAGAACAUACUUAUCGACUAUUGAAUAUUUGGUUACAUGGAGUUAAUGAUAAUCAAUUACCAUUGAAUGAAUUAUGCUUAGCAUUAACUACAAUUGGACGUAAACGAACUAUGGAACAAUUACGUCGACGUAUUAAAACAUUAAGUAAAGUACACAAUAAUAGGCAUAAAUGUAAACUUUAUUAA